CUGGCGCCCUGUGUUUCACACGGACUUGUUUUGAAAACGCACCCGAAAGCCCGGGUUAGAGAAGCAUGGAGGAGAAUGAGGCUGAUUCAAGAUCCUAACCAGAUAACUCAUGUGGAGGAGUUUGCUGCUGAAGGGCCCCGCCUGCCUCCUGCAGGUGCCAGCCCCGAGGAUCCUCCACCAGAGACACUUUUCAUCCCUCUGUGUGAGACAUUUCACUCAGAGGCUCCUUCACAGGCCCCCCGAGGCUCCAUGUGCUUCACAGCUUCUGGGGAGAGGCUACUUCCUGGCACACAGUGGGACCAGGGCUUAUAAAAAGGAUGCCAAGUCCCUUGUAGAGUUCCCUGUGAGCCCUGUCACAGUCACAAAUAUCAAACAGUAUCUGCGCUCCAAAGACAUUCCCUUCCACGAUGGCUACAGCUGCCUCCACAUCCCGAGCAUCUUUGUCCAUUCGUCUGCCGGGAAGGACAGCUUCAUGUUGUUCGUGGACAAAACUACUGGACAGUUUCUGUGCAAAGAGACCCUGGUGGAAGGGAGCUGGGAGGAUCUCCAGGACUGCCUUGAGGUGAUGCAGAAGGAGGAGCAGGACUUCCUCAGCCCUCAUGUGCUGCUGGGAUAUCCAGAGAGUGUGGAGGAGCAGGAGGAGAGGGAGAGAGAGCUGAGGGAGGUGCAGAUGAUCUGGUCCAGCUCUGUGCUCUUCACUGACCUCCCUGAGGACGAGGCUCAGAUUAUCAAAACCAUGUUUCAGAUCACAAAGAUCUCCGAUGCAACCCUGAAGAAGUUUGGCGUGAGGGUCUUCAAGCCUACCAAGAGUCUGGUUUUCCCCUGGUUUGGUGGACCCAACUCCACUCUGAAGGGGGUGAAGAUUCUUUCCGCCCAAAGCACAGACACAGAAAAAGUUACUUAUAAUGAAGCUACACUGCCGAAGUGUAACUCUUACUACAACCUCUUUGGCCUCCCCCUGGUGGGCAGUAUGGACUCUGAGGUGGUGCUGACGGGACAUGAGCUGGACACACUGGCUGUGAGUCAGGCCACGGGACUCCCCAGUGUUGCUCUUCCACGUGGGGUCAGCUGCCUUCCGCCGAUCCUGCUGCCUUACCUGGAACAGUUCAAGCGUGUGACUCUGUGGCUGGGAGGCGACAUUCGCUCAUGGGAGGCGUCAAAGAUCUUUUCACGCAAGCUCGGUCUGAGGCGCUGCUCGCUGGUGCGGCCCGGGGAGUCAAGGCCGUGUCCCGUGGAGGCUCUGGCCCAGGGGAAGAACUUUGUCCCUAUUAUCAAAUCCUCCAUCCCUGCAGCCCAUAAGUCUAUAGUCUCCUUCAAGCAGCUCAGGGAGGACGUGUACGGGGAGCUGGUGAACACGGACCAGGUGGCUGGAGUGAAGUGGAAAAGGUUUCAGGAGCUCAACAGGAUCCUCAAGGGACACCGCAAGGGGGAGCUGACUGUUUUCACAGGUCCUACGGGCAGUGGGAAGACCACCUUAAUCAGCGAGGUUGCCCUGGACCUUUGCAUGCAGGGCGUCAACACGUUAUGGGGCAGCUUUGAGAUCAACAACGUGCGUCUGGCGAAGAUAAUGCUGACACAGUUUGCCAUGCAGAGGCUGGAGGAGAACCUGGAGCAGUACGACUUCUGGGCGGACAAGUUUGAAGAGCUGCCACUCUACUUUAUGACCUUCCACGGGCAGCAGAACCUCAAGGCAGUGCUGGACACUAUGCAACAUGCUGUCUACCUGUAUGAUAUCAACCAUGUCAUCAUAGACAACCUGCAGUUCAUGAUGGGGCAGGAACACCUCACAGUAGACAAGUUUGCAGUCCAGGACCACAUUAUCGGAGCAUUCAGGAAGUUUGCCACCAACAGCAGCUGCCACGUCACCCUGAUCAUUCACCCGAGGAAAGAGGAGGAUGACCGGGAACUACAAACAGCAUCCAUCUUUGGCUCGGCAAAGGCCAGCCAAGAAGCCGACAACGUCCUCAUUCUGCAGGAGAAGAAGCUGGUGACGUGUCCCGGCCGCAGGUCCCUGCAGGUUACCAAGAACCGCUUCGAUGGAGACGUGGGUAUCUUCCCUCUGGAUUUCAUCAAGUCUUCGCUCACGUUCUCAUCCCCCGUCAAGGGAAAGGUCAGGUUGAGAAAGGUCGUCGGCAAGCCAGAAAAUGAAGAGGAAGAGGAGGUCAAGGUGGUCAAGGAGGCAGUGAAGAAGGAACUGGUUAAAAAAGAAAAAGUGGCCAAAACAACAAAGACUCGACAAACUAGUAAAGAUCCUCGUACUGGAAAUGACAGUAUGCAGAAGUAAUAUAGUUCGUAAGCAGUUUCAGUCUGUUUUACCACUUCCACACUUAUAGUUGAAGGUUAAAAAGAUAAUUAAAGUGUUAGACAGUUUUAUGUCUUAACUAAGCUGAAAAUUAAGUAUGUUGCAACAAUGCAUAAUAAUACAUAUAUAUUCUAGAAUAUAUGAAAUAAAAGCUCUGAUUGUGAUUCACAAUGAAACAGUUAUAGUUAUCAAGGAUAAUUUGAAGUCACUUAAGAUUAAUUUCAUUAUGGAAAUAUGGAUGCUUCAACCAGAAUGUGAAAUGAUGAUGGUAAAGUACACAUUAAGCUCCUAUACAGCUUGUAAAGAUUUUCUAUGCAGGUACUACUGUGUAUUAAAACUGAAUUCCUUGUUAAAAGUGUUCUACAAUUUCAAAAUAUACUGUGACACCAAGAGUUACUGUUCAUGGUAAACAUUAUCACACUGUCUGCUUGCCAGGAUGACACAAGUGCUCUCUCUACUGACUUUUUAUACAACAAUGCAUUAAUGAAUGCUUCUUUUUUUAAAUAAAAUGCUUGU